UUUAGAGUGAAGAUAUUAAAGUUGAGGUUAAAGAGGAAGAAGAAGAGAGGUUGGUGAGUGGAGAUCAGCAGUGUAUGGAGGAGGGUUGUCCUCUGGAUUCCCAGAAGUCUACACAGGAAGAUCUCCAAUAUACAGAGAAUGGGAGAUCAGGAGAUCAGAAUGAAGAACGGAAAGAUAUCAAAGCUGAGAUUAAAGAGGAAGAAGAAGAGAGGUUGGUGAGUGGAGAUCAGCAGUCUAUGGAGGAGGGGGAGAUGAUUAUGGAAAGUAAACAGGAGGAAUCUUCUCUACAUAAGGACACAAAUCCCCCUAAUUGUGAGGAACCUCCACAUACAUCCAAUGGUGAUAGCCAGGAUGUCCAUCUAAGACCUCACAGUGUGCCGACAUCAACAGAUCCAGAAGUGGACCCGUUAUCAUGCUCCGAGUGCGGGAAAUGCUUCAUUUACAGAAGACACCUUCUUCGACACCAGAAACUUCACGUGGGCGAUCGUUAUUCAUGUUCAGAGUGCGGAAAAUGUUUUACUGAGCAAAAACUGCUCCUCGUGCACCAGAAAAUUCACACAGGGGAGCGUCCUUUUUCAUGUUCAGAGUGCGGAAAAUGUUUCAUUCUGAAAUACACACUGGUUAGACACCAGAGAAGUCAUACGGGGGAGCGUCCUUUUUCAUGUUCAGAGUGCGGAAAAUGUUUUACUCAGCAAAAACUGCUCCUCGUGCACCAGCAAAUUCAUACAAGGGAGCGCCCUUUUUCAUGUUCAGAGUGCGGAAAAUGUUUUACUGAGAAAAAACUGCUCAUCAGGCACCAGAAAAUUCAUACAGGGGAGCGUCCUUUUUCAUGUUCAGAGUGUGGGAAAUGUUUCAUUCUGAAAAACGAACUGGUCAGACACCAGAGAGUUCACAUGGGGGUGCGUCCUUAUUCGUGUCCAGAGUGUGGGAAAUGUUAUACUGAGAAAGCAAAUCUUCUUGCACAUCAGAGAAUUCACACGGGUGAAAGUCCUCAUUUAUGUUCAGAGUGCGGGAAAUGUUUCAUUCAGGAAUCAGACCUUCUUCGACACCAGAAACUUCACACGAGCGAUCGUCCUUAUUCAUGUUCAGAAUGCGGAAAAUGUUUUAGUGAGAAAAAAGUGUUCCUCAGGCACCAGAAAAAUCAUACCGCGGAGCGUCCCUUUUCAUGUUCGGAGUGCGAAAAAAAAUUCAUUCAGAAGUCGCACCUUCUUAAACACCAGAGAAUUCACACUGGCGAGCGCCCUUUCCUAUGUUCAGAGUGCGGGAAGUGCUUUACUGAGAAAGGCGCACUUCUUAGGCACCAAAGGAUUCACACAGGCGAGCGCCCUUUCUUAUGUUCGGAGUGCGGUAAAUGUUUCCGUCACAAGAAAGCACUUAUUACGCACCAGAUAAUUCACACUGGGGAACUGCCCUUUUCAUGUUCAGAGUGCGGGAAGUUUUUCACUGAUAAAAAAACACUUCUCGCACACCAGAGAAAACACAGCGGUGAGCGUCCCUUCUCAUGUUUAAAAUGAGGGGAGUGUUACACGGAGAAGGAAAAACUUCUUGCACACCAGAAAAAUUCACAUGGGUGAAAGUCCUCAUUUAUGUUCAGAGUGCGGGAAACUUUUCAUUCAGAAAUCAGACCUUCUUAAACACCAGAGAAUUCACACAGGCGAGCGCCCUUUCCUAUGUUCAGAGUGCGGGAAAUGUUUCACUGAGGAAAGAGAUCUUAUUACACACCGGAGGAUGUGUAAGAUUUUUUUAAGGAGCAACAACCAGAGUUCGGAUCUUUUUUCCUACAUUAUGCCAUCACCUACCUGGGGGGCUGUAACGAUAUCACGUACUGGACACAUGAAGAGCUGUAGCUAGUGGCCAUGUUGUUUGAAAACCGUACGGCAGCCAUGACAGCUUAGCUAAUCGUGUAACAUUGCAGUAGAAAUUAACUCACUCCCUCCUCCCUUAUGUUUAGGAAUUCAUAGGCUUGAUACUUCAAACAAGCUGUUAUCUCAGCAGAGAAAGCGGAACCAAGCUAGGUCUUAAAAUAACAGCUACAGGCCUAUCGUAAUACCGUCACCCUCUCAACUUAGAUAACCAACAGAUCCCGGUGAUCUGCCGAUAUGGUUCCUCCUAUCGAAAUGGUUCC